AUUGCUUUGUAUAUUUAGGUCGAACUGAUCACCAUGUCAAUAUUAUGAAUACAACAAUUGCUAAUAUGCCUACUUCAAUGAUGACUCCAUCUCCCAGUCCUGAUGAACUUAUAAUACAACAACGUGGACGUCGUAAAAUACCAGUGACUUUUAGCCCUGAUAUUGAUUCUAUUAAACAAAAUAAUCAAGAAACUCCUACAAAAUCAAGCUCUUCUAUUUUGAACAAGAGUUCUAUUGUUCUUAGAAGUACACCACGGAAGAGAUUACUACUUAAUGAUCCAUUAGAGCUAUCUUCACCUGAUAAGUAUAAAAUUAGUUCACCUAAUUGUAAAAAAUUUCGUACUGAAUUUGCUGUUGAACUGCCUGAAGAUAAUUGUAUAUUAUCAGCACUAAAAGCUUUAUCACCAGAUCAGUUAAUUGGCGUUAUUGGACAAAUUGUGAUUGACCACCCAGAGAUCGAAAAAGAAAUAAGAUCUCAUUUUCCAAUUGCUGAUUUAAAACCCUUAGAAGAGCGGAUUUAUUAUUUGCGUCGUAAUAUUUAUAAGGCAUUGCCAAGUAGUCGAUUGAUUUCUAAAACAGAUUCUACUGCAUACAAUAGGGUUUCUACACAUGUUCUAGCAUUUAAAAAAUGUGUAGUUGAUCAAGGAAGACGUUUAGUUGACAGUAAUCAAUGGUCCGUUGUAAUGGAUUAUGUGUUUAUGGCUUGGAAACAUGUUCGUAAUACUCCAGUGUGGGAUAACCCGCCACAUAAUGCUGCACGACGACAAUGCUUCAAGUCAUUGUCUGCAUUGUGUAUGACAGCAUUGAAGCACAUGAAGGAAUCUUUAGACUUGAAUAAACUUGAAAAUUACAAAAGCCAAUUGAAAUUACUAGUUGAUGAUAGUGAAGAUAUAGAAUCAUGUUUGGAGUUUUUAAACUACAAUUAAUUUUAAUUAUUUAUAACAGUACUAGUUUUAUUUGUACUAUACAGUGAUGACUUUUAUCAAGUUACUGGUUCAUGGCAACUGUCUUGAAGUCAAAACUAGUUAUGUAAUAUUAAUUUAAAUACUAGUAAAAUUAUUUUUAUUAUAUUAAUUUAAUGUUUCUAAAUUGUAUGUGAUUAUUAAUUGUGUUUUAUUUUUAAUAAUAAUAAUCUAUUAAAAAAUAAUUUCAUUAACAUUUCCCACCUAUUUAAUAUAUCAAUAAAUUAUUUACAUGCAUUUUAAAUGUUAACACAAUUUAAUAUAAAAUCUAACUUGUUUUUCUUUUUAUAUUUAUUGCACAUUUUUUCACUACUUAAAAAAAAAAAAUUUCUAGCUACCAAUUUUUAAUUUAAAUUUUAGUGUUGACUUGAGUAGUUUUUAUCACCAAAAUGUAUUUCUUUUGGGAAUUACUUUAAUUAUGUUAAAGAAGUGUAUUGAUUAUACACAGUUAUUCGUGAAUAAACCAUUAUGUUUUGUAUGUUUCUUUUUGUGAAGACUGUCAUAAGUACUGUUUAAUAUUUUGAAAGUGAAUGUAAUUGUAAUUAUUUUUGACUGUAUAGUUAAUAUAACUGGCAUAAUUUAUUUUAAGAUUAUAAGAAUAUUUUUUUUUGUUUAAUAUAUGAAUGAAUUUAUUUUGUAAGUGAAAUUAAUCUAUACACAAUUAUCUUCAUAAUAAUCUUAAAUAUUGUAAAAACUUAUUCAUUAAAUGGUAUUUUAUAAAUUAUAAUAAAUAAAUAAAUUGAAGUACAAUUA